GCAGGGUGGAACUGGGGUAAGGUAUCGGGAGGAGAAAUGAGGAAAGCGGUGAAUCCACAUUGAUGCCAUCGGGCUGAAGGUUUCAUCCUGUGGCCGAAUAUUUCAAUUCGCUCUCGCACUCUGCUGAUGACGGGCCUCAUCUAUCGCCACUCCCUCACCAUCCGAUGCCUGGAGGAAUAACGUCUCAUCUUCCGUCUUGGGACCCUUCACUGUGUAAGAAGAAUCACAUUUCACUCAGUGAGUGAAAUGUUCUUGUAUAAAGAGGGCAGCUCCUACCCUAGAGCACAGAAGGACAGCUCAGAGACAUAUGUUCACACUUGGAAUGAACUGUCUCGAUGCCGCAUCAAUUGAAAUAAUUUGUCAAAAUUCACACAACACCAGGUUCUAGUCCAACAGGUUGAACUUGUCCACCCCAGUCAAACACCAGCACCUUCACAUCAUGAAAUAGGGUGUGAUCUCGGGAUGGGGCUCAUGGUGUUUGAGUGGACAGCGUUAUUGCUGGCAGAUUCCAGAUUCUGCUUUUGUUAUUUCAUUAUCAUGUAACCCCCCUCUGUAAUCAGGAUUACACUUGUUAUUGUAAUGGGUUUGUUCAUUUCCAGAAAUGUGAAAAACAGCAACAAAGCCGAGCAAUGCUGUCACCUCGAUCUCCCCAAGGAGCUUCCACACAGUAUAAGGCAGCGUCUCUGGGAAUGCAUCAGCUCAGAGUCUCAAACAAGGAGCUUGUCAGCUACCUGAAGGGACAGAUCACCUCACACAGAAAAAUGCAUCGACCAAUUGAUCACGUGGAGAAGGUGUUCUACACCAUCCUUGCUGUUACUGGCAUCCCAGUAAAUUUGCUGGCAGUUGCAAACUUUUCCAGGCAAAAGUGUGGUAUUUCACCUUGCACUACCCGUUACCUGGUGUUUAUGGCAGCUGCCGAUCUGAUGGUCAUUAUUACUGAGGUUAUAUUGUGGAGAUUACCUUUCUAUUAUUACCUGCAGUCUUUCCUGAACAUCACUCCUGUGUGCAGUGUUAUUGGGGCACUGUCUCGUGCUGCCAGGGACUGCUCUGUCUGGUUCACCGUCACUUUCUCCUUUGACCGAUUUGUGACCAUUUGUUGUCAGAAGCUGAGAACAAAAUAUUGCACUGAGAAAGCUGCGACUGUGGUUCUGGCAACAACCUGCACAUUGUUCUGUCUGAAAAACAUCCCCUUCGCUUUUGAAUAUGAGGCUGUGAAGAUAAUCAACAAUGUGCCAUUCUACUGUCGAACAAAGUUAAGCAACUUGACUGCGACUUGUCAGACACAUUUUAGCGACCAGUCAAGUCCGGAAGAGGCUGAAAGAGGAAACCGUUUAGAUGGCAAUGUUGAAAGAAGCAAAGAGAAAAACUGUGUGAAAUGUACCCAGACAGGGGCAAAGAAAUACUGGAAGGAAGAGGAAUGGAGUAGAGAUGGAGAGAAAAGAAGAUGGAGAGAAAGGAAGAUGGAGAGAAAGAAAGGAAAAAGUGAUAAUUUGAUGCAGGGACUGUUUCUUCGCCUCACAAAUGGUAUGAUGUUAAUGAAUUCUUAUUGA